UGGAUCUGGGAGGGCGGCCGCUGCGGCUGCGGGAGCGGAGAGGCUGCCAGUUCCCGGCAGCGCUGGGAGGAGGGAGGCGCGGGCGGGGCGCGGGCGGGGCGCGGCGCCGGGGAGGGGAGCGGCGCGCAGGGGAGGGCAGGAGGGGAGGGAAGAAGAGAGAGAGAGGAGGGCGGCACCGCCCCUAGCCCAGAGCUCCGGAAGUGAAGCGGCCAGACCACCGGAUAAUGGAUGCGGAGCGGAGGGCUCGCUGACCGCUCUCCGCGCCUCGGGCAGCUUGGCUUGGCUGAAGCUAAGACAGACACAUCAUUGUGUGGAGGUGGGUGACGUCUUCUUGUGGUAGAAGGUGCAUAAAUAAGCUCCUCAACUCUUGCAGAACACUCGGGAACACAAAAACAGGAAUCCAAGGCGCCCUACUGGGAGACUUCUCUCCAAGAGUUCUGGGUGCCAUAGUGGAAGGCAUUUUCCCACCCACUGGAGAGAGGCGAAACAUCAGAGAUCAGGAGGCUGUGGAAAAAGCAGCUGUCCCAGGUGCCUCAACUGUCAGAGAAGCGUCGGUGCCACGUGGCUGCCAGCAUCUUUGAGAAGAUCAUCUGCAGACUUCAGGGCUGCAGGCAGAGGUGUGGUUAGAACUGACUUAGAACUCAGGUCUAAAGACCACAAGAAGUCCUGAGUUCUUGCCACUGGGUAGGGCAGGGUUAUUUGUCCAGAAAACUUUGUGACUAUCUUGGAGUGACCUAACCUGGGACCCAUUCACUGGUGGGUUCUAAGGUUAGAAGCUCAUCCAGGAUACUUUCAAUACUAAGUCAGUGCAUAGCAACCACUAAUAGGUUGGUACCCAUAGAGUCGGAGUGGGUCAGUUCUUGGGAAGAUGGCACUGGCACUCUUAGAGGACUGGUGCAGGCUGAUGAGUGUGGAUGAGCAGAAGUCACUAAUGGUUACUGGGAUACCAGCGGAGUAUGAGGAGGCUGAGAUUAAGGAGGUCCUUCAGGAGACUUUAAAGUCUCUGGGCAGGUAUAGAUUGCUUGGCAAGAUAUUCCGGAAGCAGGAGAAUACCAAUGCUGUCUUGCUAGAGCUUCUGGAAGAUACUGAUGUCUCAGCUAUCCCCAGUGAGGUCCAGGGAAAGGGGGGUGUCUGGAAGGUGAUCUUUAAGACUCCCAAUCAGGACACGGAGUUUCUGGAAAGGCUGAACCUCUUUCUAGAACAAGAGGGGCAGACCAUCUCGGGUAUGUUUCGAGCCCUGGAGCAUGGGGGCGUGUCUCCAGCCACCGUGCCCUGCAUCUCACCAGAAUUACUGGCCCAUCUGUUGGGACAGGCAAUGGCACACGCGCCUGUGCCCCUGCUACCCAUGAGAUACCGGAAACUGCGAGUGUUCUCGGGAAGUGCCGAGCCAGCCCCGGAGGAAGAGCCUUUUGAGGUCUGGUUGGAACAGGCCACGGAGAUAGUCAAAGAGUGGCGGGUAACAGAGGCAGAAAAGAAGAGGUGGCUGGCGGAGAGCCUGCGGGGCCCUGCCCUGGACCUCAUGCACGUGGUUCAGGCAGACAACCCGUCCAUCAAUGUGGAACAGUGUUUGGAGGCCUUUAAGCAGGUGUUUGGGAGCCUGGAGAGCCGCAGGACCUCCCAGGUGAGGUACCUGAAGACCUAUCAGGAGGAGGGAGAGAAGGUGUCGGCCUAUGUGUUACGGUUAGAAACCCUGCUCUGGAGAGCCGUGGAGAAACGCGCCAUCCCGCGGCGCAUCGCGGACCAGGUCCGCCUGGAGCAGGUCCUGGCCGGGGCCACUCUUAACCAUACGCUGUGGUGCCGGCUCCGGGAGAUGAAGGAUCAGGGCCCGAUCCCCAGCUUCCUUGAGCUAAUGAAGGUAAUACGGGAAGAGGAGGAGGAAGAGGCCUCCUUUCAGAAUGAGAAUAUCGAAGAGCCAGAGUUAGGAGAUGGCUAUGGCCGCUGGGAUCAUGAGGGGGAGGACUGAAAACCACCUGAGUGCAGGACCCACAGCCAGUGGGCCUAGGGACAUGCGCCUUGCUAGGCUAAGACCUUGAAAGAAUUUUUUUCUUUAAUGUAUGGGACUGAAAUCAAGGCAUGAAACCCAAUUAUUGACCUUCCUUCCUUCCUUCCUUUUUUCCUUCCUUCCUUUUUUCUUUCCUUCCUUCAUUCCUUCCUUCCUUUUUUUCUUUCUUCCCUUCCUUCUCUCCUUUCUUCCUUUGUAUUUUUCUUUUUCCUUUCUUCUUUCUUUCUUGGGUCUCACUCUCAUCACCCAG